CGCUGUAGCGCUUAUCUCUCCCAGACUUUCCCCCAUGCCCCUCGAACCCUAGCGGCUGCCGGCGACGACGCCGUCGCCUGGCCGCCCCGCGACCGACCACGACCUGCCGAGCUCCUCCGCGACACCCUCGACCCCGGCCUCCCGACGCCUGCUCCCUCUCUUCCUCAAGGAGGCCAGGAGGAAGUAGGAACGCAGCCACGCCGUUCGUCCACAUCGAGAGCAGAACAGCCGCCCCUCGUGACCUCGUCCCGACGCCGCCCCUCGCACAGGCGUGCCCCGACGCCCAGCCGCCGUUCCUCGUCUAACCUGCUCGCCGUCGCCGACCUUGCGGCCUCGCCGGUCGCCGAACUUGCGGCCUCGCCGGUCGCCGGCCGGAGCCAAGCCCGCCUCUCCUUCCCACCCGCACGGCCCUUGCCCUGCGGCCUGCGCGGCUGCGCCCCUGAUCCCGGCCGCCUGGCGCCCCUGCCUCCGGCCCUCCGCCCCCCUCAAAGCCCGCGGCCACCGCUGCCGCUCACUCAGUCACCAGCAGGCAGGACUGCCAGCAGGUCUCCAGCAGCAGCAAGACACAAACUCAAAGAUGGGAAAGGGUGACAGGGAGAAGGAAGCGAAGCACCGACGACGCGGCCGCAGCAGCAAGAGAUCGCGCAAUGCCACACCCUCGUCGGACUCUGAUUCUUCCCCUUUGUCGGACUCCUCUCCUAGCCGCAGCCCCGGGCCCCGGAGUCGCAGUAGCAGCAAACCUGAAAAGUCGUCCUCAUCUCGUCGCCGCCGCCAUCACCAUAAGAGCAGCGGCCGCUCACGCAGUUCCCGUGACGAUGAUAGACAUCGUCACCGGCGGAGGCGCCGGGAUGAGCGUGCCCGUCACAGCAGCGAUGGCAGCGACCUGUCGGGAUCAGGCUCAGAUGAUUCAGGAUGGAUGGAGGAGGCGCAGGAAAUCGUCCGUGGCAUUCUCAGUGAAUUCCCUGCCAUCACCAGUGAGCUUCGUCAGCUUCUCCAAAUGAUAGAUAGUGGUGAAGGCAUUGAUAUUUCCGGAAUUUCUGACAAGCCAUUAGUGAAGCAUUUGAAGAAACUUUUCAGAUCCCUGAAAUUGAAAGAAAGUGCAAAUGGAGCUUACUUGCUUUCAGCAAAAGGUGUUCCUACCCUUGAUGUUGUUGGACCAGUAUUAGAAGCAAGUGCCAAACAUGGAAAUGAUCCAAAUGAAACUGUGGCACGAAAUAGACAACAAGUACCGUUGCCUAACUUUGACGUACAAAAUAAAGAUGACAUCCCUCCUGAAGAUGGAGGAAAAGUUGACCGGGAAGAGGACACCCCUAUAAAGAGGGUAAUUGGUCCUGCAAUGCCAUCACGUGAAUUACUAGCUGCAGCAGCCGAAAUGACAGAGGCUCUUAGGUGCCGGGAUGCUGAAUUGGAAGCUGAUGAUGGAUUUCUUAUAGGUCCUCCACCACCAGCCAUGGUCGCUGAAGCUGCAUCUGCAAAUGAAGCCGAGCGAUUCGAAGAGGUUACUCGAAUAUUGGGUGCUGAUGCAGAUGCACUCUAUGAUGUUCUGGGCAUAAAUUGGAAGAUGUCGUCUGAUAACAUCAAGAAAAGGUAUUGGAAGCUAUCUCUUUUAGUGCAUCCGGACAAGUGCCCUCAUCCUUCAGCACAGGAGGCUUUUGUGAAAUUGAACAAUGCCUUUAAAGACUUACAAGACCCUCAAAAGAGAGGCGCAAUAGAUGAGAAGAUACAAAAGAAAGAAGAGAUGGAACAAUUCGAGGUUGAGCUUAAAGCAAUGCGCGAGGCUGCAGAAUGGAGACAAUUACAAGGUAUAUCUCUUGAAGGCGAUGAAGAACUUUUGGCAGUUCCGAAACAGCCAGAGGCACCACCUACACGAGAUGAAUGGAUGACUACAUUGCCACCUGAAAGAAAAGCUGGAGUACCAAUGCAUUCAACUACGGCAUUUAGCAUGAAUGGCAAAGAGGGACGUGGUGACACAAGUGCAUGGACAGAUAGUCCACUUGAUAGAGCCCAGAAAGCACAGCAAAACUACUUAGAAGCCUACAACAAAGCAAAGGCAAUUGCAGAUGGACAUGAAGAGCAGGGCAAAAGCGCAAAUGCUUCUCUUGUGGAUAAAUACAACUCCUCUAAGCGGUCGGUAUCUCUUGUGCAGAAGCACCGAGAGAGCAAAAAGGAGAAAAAAAAGCAGAAGCAACAACGAGGGAAGGAAGAAUGGGAGGAGAACCACCCAUGGAAGCCGUGGGACCGUGAGAAAGACUUGACCGCUGGGCGGCAAAAUGUGGCUUUGGAUCCAGAGAACACGGCACAAGGACUGUCGUCCCGUUUCUCAUCUGGAGCUGUGCAGAGGAACUUCCUGUGAGGAAUUUGAGUCAGACUCUGCUUGAGGCACGCCAAGGAGCAUGCCCUAAUUAGUGGCCGGUACCAGGGUAUGUAUUUGGCGUCGAACGCCAGUGUUGCUAGGGGCACAGAAACCAUAGAGAAUAUGAGGUUUGUGACAUUUGCUAUACGAGCAGCUUGCAUGUUGUUUUCUGGAGAGAGCUGAAGUUCUCGAUACAUAUAGAAGGGUUUUGCUUGUGAGUUGUUUCAAAGUUCAAGCUGUAUAACAACCCUAGGUAGGUCUUCGUUCCUGGCUUAUUUUUGCCUAGCGCGAAGACCUAUGCUCUGAGACUUAAAAGGAUGGAAUAAUGGUGUAUACUAUCCUGCUAUGCUACUGUCAUUGACUGAUCAUGCUAACCUACUGAUACUUGAUGCAAGAACAAUGAAGUAUGCAUUGGUUAGGUGA